GGUGGCCGGGGCCGCCGCGGGGGCUGGGGGUGCCGCGCCCGGAAGGGGCGCCCGCGGCCGGCCGGGCCUGAGCGCUCGCCUCGCCGUCUCCGUCUCUCUGGCCGGUUCCUGGGCAGCGCCGUGGGCGCGCCCCGGGUCUGCGGGAGGCCUCGGGGCGGCCGGUCCCGGGUUCUGCGGGCCGCGGCUGCCGUGCAGCUGGACCGCCUUCUGGACCGGGCGAGAGCACCCCUGCAGGCGUCUCCAAGCAGGCCAUCCGCCAGCGGGUCUGGGACUUCAUGGAAGCGCGAGAUCUGGCCGACUUCCCCCGCCCCGUGCACGGCCGCAUCCCCAACUUUAAGGGCUCGCACCUGGCCGCCCAGCACCUCAGAGACCUGGACAUCUUUGCCAGUGCGCAGGAAGUCAAGGUGGACCCUGACAAGCCACUGGAAGGUGCCCGUCUGCUGGCGCUGCAGAGCAAGAAGACGCUGCUGGUCCCCACGCCGCGCCUGAGGUCGGGGCUGUUCAACAGGAUCACGCCGCCCCCCGGGGCCACCAAGGCCGUGCUGAGGACGUGCGCCACCUCCCAGGGCGUGCGGAGCUACAGUACCCCCGUGGGGCUGGAUUCCAGGGUCCGGGUGGACCUGCUGCUCGUGGGGUCCGUGGCGGUUUCGGAGAAAGGCUGGAGGAUCGGGAAAGGCGAGGGCUACGCUGACCUCGAGUACGCCAUGAUGGUGGCCAUGGGCGCGGUCAGCCAGGAGACGCCGGUGCUCACCCUCGUGCACGACUGCCAGGUGCUGGACUUCCCCGAGGCGCUGCUGGAGGACCACGACCUCACGGUGGACUUCAUCCUCACGCCCACGCGCCUGCUGGCCACCGGCUGCGCGCGCCCCAAGCCCCGCGGCAUCACGUGGGCCAAGGUGGGCCAGCGCCAGGGGCGCGCCGGGGGCACGAGCGUGGGCAGGAACCGUGUCCGGGCCCUGAAGUGGCUGUCCCUGCAGAUCCACGCGGACAUGCUGGCCAGGAUCCCGGUGCUGCGGAGCCUGCGCGACCGGGAGCGACGGGCCGGGAAGGACGUGACCCUCCAGACGGGGUCCCCGCAGCCCACAGGAGCAGGACGCGGCCGUGCCCGCCGCCGCCCGCGUGAGGGGACUGAGCGAGUCCUCGGGGCCUCGGGGUCCUCCUGCACUGCCCAUGCCCCGGCCCCCAGAGCGCUGGGCACCAGCGUCCCCAGGACGAGCCUGGCCAGGCGGGCAGCUCCCCCAGGGGAGCCGGCGGGGACGCGGGACGAGCGUGCAGAGCGGGCCUGAGGGCCGUGCCGGGAGAUGGGUCACCGGUUCCGGCGUCUUGUUCUGUCUGGCGGGACGGCAUAGACCAGAGCUCGGCCCCCCUGGGGCUGCAGUGAGUGGACAGGCCUGGCCCUCGGGCCUGGAACGCUGCCCACGCCAGGGGCCACACGUGUCACCCCAGCCUGCGUGCUGCGGGCCCUGGCGGGACGGGCUGCUCCUGCGAGUAAAGGCGUGCCGUGA